UUCCCAGCAGCACCCCACGCUCAUCAAACAUGGCCUCGCUGGAGCGGCAACGAGAAAGCGAGGGUAAUGCGGAGACGUUAAAGACAGAUGAUGGAAAAACGAAACCAGGUCCAAUUUCUUUUGGUUUUAGUAAAACGCUAAUCAAGGCGAAGUCCGAGAAGCCAGAGGAGCGAGAUUAUUUAAUAGAAGUCGAAGGCAAGGAGCUGAAGAGCACGAAACCAGCGGAGAAACCAAAGGAGCUAAUCAUUCCGCUCAUCCACAAAAACCGCUGGUACAGAGAAGAAGGAGCGAAACAGAGUGACAAGAGAGACGAGAAAGGAAACUCUCAGCCUGAUGAGCAGGACUCUGUGGAGUCUCAGGCUGUCAGAGAGCUUAUUGAAGAGUCUCAGAAGCAGCAGGAAAGAUGGAAGAAUGGCCCUCAGAUCGACCAGAACUUGUCCAUUCCUCUGCUCAUGCAGAACCAGGCCCCGACGGGCUUUGAGGACGGCGACCAUGUCAAAGUGGACCUUCGACCUGAGUCGUCCACAGAGGCAGAUUACGAGCGUGUGCCAGUGACGGCAUAUGGAAUGGCCAUGCUGAAGGGAAUGGGCUGGAAGGAGGGAGUGGGCAUUGGUCGCACCUUCAAACAAGAUGUUAAGCCUAUAGAACACCAGUUAAGGCCUAAAGGCCUGGGUUUGGGAGCUGAUCGCUCUGCUGUUAAGGACCUGGAGCCCUCAGGGCCUCGGCGGCCCCCUAAGCCCGGGGAUGAGAGGGGAAAAGAAGAUGAGGCGCUGGUGCUGGGACCUGGAGGGUGUGUGCAGGUUCAGGGUGGAGCCCAUAAAGACCUGUAUGGAAAGAUAGAAGGAGUGGAUCCAGACAAUGCCAGAGUGGUGGUGAAACUGGCCAUUGGAGGAAAGUCAGUGACCAUCAGCCAGUACUCUCUACGCCUAGUCCCUCAAAAAGAAUAUGACAAAUACAGCAAAGACCUCAGUCGCCUCAGCAAAGCACACAAGGAAAAGGAGAAAGAGAAAGAACGAGAAAAGGAGCGAGAGAAAGAGAGAGCCCGAGAGCAGCAGAGGCGGGAGGAGAAAGAGUCAAGCUCGAAUGGCAGAGACGAACGAAGAAAGGAUAGGCACUCGGAAAGAGAGAGGGAGAGAGAGAAAGAGCAAGAGCGCCACCAGAAGAAGAGAAAACACCAGGAAACAAGUGCAGACAGAGAGAAGCCUCCUCCUGUGAAAGAGUCUCGGACCUCUCCUCCUGCCCCUUCCUGGCUCCAGAGGGACCUCCGUGUGCGAUUCAUAGAUAAAACCUUCAAAGGAGGCAGAUACUACAACUCUAAGAUGAGGAUUGAAGAUGUCCUCACUCCACACGUCUGUGUGUGUCGUACAGACGAAGGGCGACUCCUGGAUGAUGUAAAACAGACAAUGCUAGAAACCAUCGUGCCCAAAGGUGAUGCCGACUCUAUUAUGGUGGUGCUGGGUGAACACAGAGGACAGGUGGGCCGCAUUCUGAAGCGAGACAAGGAGAAGUGUCGGGCCAUGGUGCAGUUGGACCGCUACGAAGAGCAGAUCUUUACUCUGGACUAUGACGCUAUCUGCCACUACGUGGGUGGAGACCAUUGAGAAGCACAGCAGAACACACAGAACCAGCCCAUCACCAACAGCCCUAGUGUGACAUGUUGCAGGUUGCAUAUUGUUCAGACCAGGGACCACACCGCUGUCUCGCCUUGUCAUGCAUAGUCUCCAACCAUGACUUGAUUGAGUUAGAUGUUACGCCAUGGUGUGCUGGACCGUGACUGACUCUGAACAGGCUUUUCCUCCCCUGAUCACGGACAUUGAUUGUCCUCUUAAGGUCAUGUUAUUGUUGGCUGGAAAGACUGCACAUAUUUACAUAUUGGGGGGAAAAAAGACGAGCUGGAUCAUUCUUCUCUGCCAGCUGUAUAAACUGUGCCCACCUCAUCUGGAAAAUGACAUUUGUAGUAGUCAGGCUGUUUAGAUUUUGUAUUUGUGACAUAAGAAUCUCUGCACUGUUAUGUUUUUAUAAUAAAAUUCAAGUUUAUAUAAACUGUC